AUUUAUUUUAUUAGUUUUAUUUUUUUAUUGAUUUUUGUCUUAGUUUCUGUUGGGUUUUUUACCUUAUUUGAACGAAAGGUUUUAGGUUAUAUUCAGUGUCGUAAAGGUCCUAAUAAAGUUGGUUAUAUAGGUUUAUUACAACCUUUUAGUGAUGGUAUUAAAUUGUUUAUCAAGGAACAAAAUUUUCCUAUGAAUUCUAAUUAUUUUAUUUAUAUUGUUUGUCCCUUUAUGAUAAUAAUUCAAUCUUUAUUCAUAUGAGUUUUGUUUCCUUAUUAUGUUAAUUGUAUUGAUUUUGAUAUAAGUUUAUUAUUUUUUUUGUGCUGCGGUAGUUUAAGAAUCUAUGGUUUAAUAAUUUGUGGUUGAUCUUCAAAUAGAAUCUAUUCUAUAUUAGGUUGUAUUCGUAGAGUUUCACAAGCUGUCUCAUAUGAAGUUAGAUUAUCUCUUAUUUUACUUUGUUUUUUUAUAUUAGUUGAUAGAUAUAGAUUUAUAGAUUUUUAUUAUUAUAGUAAUAUUUUAUGGUUUUUUUUUCUUUCAUUCCCAUUGUUUUUGUGUUGGUUUUCUUGUUGUAUGGCUGAGAGAAAUCGUACUCCCUUUGAUUUUUCUGAAGGUGAAAGAGAAUUAGUUUCUGGGUUUAAUAUUGAAUAUGGUGGAGGUGGGUUUGCCCUUCUUUUUAUUUCAGAGUACUCAAGAAUUAUUUUCAUUUGUUUAAUUACUGUUAUUAUAUUUUUUGGUUCAGAUUUUAAUUCUAUUUUUUUUUAUAUUAAAUUAGUUCUAUUGUGUUUUUUGUUUAUUUGAGUUCGAGGUACAUUACCUCGGUUCCGGUAUGACAAAUUAAUAUAUUUAGCUUGAAAAUGUUAUUUACCUUUAAGAUUAAAUUAUUUAUUUUUUUUUAUAUUAAUUAAGGUUAUAUGCUUUUAUCAUUUUUUUUUGUAA